AUGCCGUGGUCUUUCGCUUUGCCUCAAGCUAUCUUCGCGUCGCCGCUUUUGGCGAUCGCGACACCCAUCGCUGUGGGCACGACGUCUGCGCUGCUCACCAAUCGCACAAACACCAAAGAAACCUACACAAACCUCCGCCAACCCCCCUUCAGCCCCCCAUCCUGGCUCUUCGGCCCAGCUUGGACCCUCCUCUACGGUCUAAUGGGCUACGCCUCGCACCACGCAACAACAGUCGCCUCCCAAUCCCUCCUCCCAGCCGUCCAGGAAGCCAACCGCUCCGCGCAAACCCUCUACACCACCCAGCUCGGACUGAACUUUAUCUGGAUGCCGCUGUUCUUCGGGCUAGGUCGACCAGCGACUGCGCUGGGCGAUAUGGCCCUGCUUAUUGGGAACGUGUCGCUGCUACUGGUGAAUUGGUGGGAUGCGGAUCGGACGGCUUUUUGGUUGAUGGCGCCGUAUUUGGGGUGGUUGGGGUAUGCGGCGUAUUUGAAUGCUGGAGUGGGGUAUUUGAAUGGGUGGAGUUUGCCGAAGAAGAAGAGUGAGUAG